UUCAUAAACAACAAAUAGACAAUAGAUGACGAUUUAAUCAACUACUUCAUAAGAGAGAUUUCCAGAACAACAGUAUUCAUUUUACAACCAAACCUCAACUAUGGCAGUUGCACUGAAGGGACUAUAUAAUUUGUUUCAAACAUCUUUCGAAGAUCAUAGGGAUCCAAGGAAUGAAGACUUGUUUUGUUGUACAUUCACCUUCAUAUGUACAUUUAUACCGGCAUACUUCGCAAUUGUCAAAUAUAUUGGACCAGCCUUGAUGAAAAACAGACAACCUUUCAACUUAAGGAAUGUUUUAAUUUUUUACAAUUCUAUUCAAAUCAUUUUAAAUUUGUACAUAUUUUAUCAGACCAUUAUAGUGUAUCUAGGAUCUCCAGAUGUGAUAUGUAUCCAAACUACCGAAGAUAAAGUAUUUUCAAAGUUGAGGAGAGACUACUUAUACCUUAAAAUGUUAGACUGCGUUGAAACCGUGUUUUUUGUACUUAGAAAAAGCUACAGGCAGAUAAGUUUUCUACAUUUAUACCAUCAUAGUAUGAUAUUGUUUGGAGCGUGGUGCGGAAAUAGAUACUAUUGGGGAGAUUCUGUUAUCAUUAUUAUUUUUCUGAAUAGUUUCGUUCAUACAGUUAUGUUUGUCUAUUACCUUCUGACGUCUUUAGAUCCCGAAUGGAAAAAAAGCUUAAUAUUGAAGAAAAACAUCACUUUAAUACAAAUAGUUCAACUGAAUAUGAUGUGGAUAUAUUUCAUCAUAACACUUUUGAAACCAAAUUGUGUUGGUAAGGUAGAUACAUUUGUAGCCUACUUAUGGAUUUUCAACAAUAUUUUUAUGGUUAUAUUAUUUAUCCGCUUCUAUAUUAGAACUUACAUCAACAACAAAAAAACAAAAUAGAAAAAUACAACAAUUUAUUUCUGAUUAUACAAUUUUAGAAUAAGUGUCUAAUAUUUAAUAAAUGUCCACGUUUCUUGUCUGAUCUUGAUGAGUAAGUUGAAAUAUAUUAAGCGACUGAAAUUAUUUCUUGA